AUGGAUAGUAGGUUUUUUGCUUAUUUGGAGACCAAUAGGAUAGUACACCAGACAAGUUGUCCUUAUACUAGUGCACAAAAUGGCUUUGCUGAAGGGAAAAACAUGCAUCUAUUGGAGGAUUGGAAGGAAGCUCUUGCAAAUCUUAAAUGGAAGGGAGCAAUGAUUGAAGAGAUGAAAGUACUGACAAAAAAUGAGACCAAGGAGCUUGUCACUCUUCCACCUGGAAAGAAACUUAUUGGCUGUAAGUGGGUAUUCAUAGUGAAACAUAAAGCUGAUGGCACAAUUAAACGGUCUAAGACCGGAUUGGUUGCUAAAGGAUUCAUCCAAACCUAUGGAGUGGAUUAUCAAGAAAUAUUUAUCCCAGUUGCAGAAACUGGUGAGCCCGUGGAUAUUGGAAGAUACCAAAGAUUGGUAGGAGGUUGA